AUGGUUCGACCGUCUCCCCGCUGGAUCGAUCCAUGGCUAGCAGCAGCUCUCCGAAGAGUUCCUAGCCAGGAAGAAACACUGUGCAAUUAUGCUAGGAGGUACUGGGAAGAAUACAAUGACCUGGAGGAAAAUGUGUACAGCGAGCAGAUGGCCGUCAUGUCCUUCAAACAUGGUCUGCGCCCAGAAAGUAAGCUAAAACAAUCACUUACCAAGCGCCCGGCCACAGCUUUGAAAGAUUUGCGUGCCAGGAUUGAGCAGUACGCAUGCCUCAAAGACGAUCAGAUCCCCAUCGAGGUAGCGUCAGCAGAACAAACAACUCGGCACAAGAAGAGAUCAGACCGAGGAGAACAUCGAGAGAUUGCAGUGAAUGAAGUGGAUAAGUCUAAAGCCCACAAAGCCAUUGUAACUGUAUUCAAAGAGCCGAUCUAUCGAAUCCUGAAAAAGAUCAAGAGAGAGCCUUUUUUCGUUUGGCUGCCGAAAAUGUUGGGAGAUCAAGCUCGGCACAAUCAGAACCUUAGAUGCACCUACCACCAAGACAGGGGGCACAUAACUCAGAACUGCAGGGCACUGAAGCAACACUUGGAAGACCUGGUGACAGCUGGACACCUAAGGGAUUACAUUGAUCAGGACAAGGAAGUGACCGAACUGGGAAACCCACCGCUAGAACCAAACAUUAAGCAUCCACCUCAGCUGAUAAUAAAUGUGAUCCACGGGACAGCGACUCAGGAGUCCAAGGAGGCACUGAAGGAAGAGAUCGCUAAGGCUGCGCAAAUUCAGCGGGUCAUGUCAGUGGAGCCUGCAUCGAAAAAGGUACGUAUAGUACCUAAAUCCCCCUUGUGCACUGUUUCAUUUACUAGCAAAGAUUUAGAAGGCAUACAACACCCACAUACUGAUGCAUUAAUUAUAACUGUGGGAAUUGGGAAACGGUUUGAUAUAAAACGAGUCUUGGUAGAUCAAGGUAGUGCAGCAGAUAUAUUGUAUUAUGAUUUGUUCAGAAAGCUUGGUCUCUCCGAGCAACACCUUACCCCAGCGGCAGCCCCGUUGGUCGGUUUCAAUUCACAGCCAAAAUGGCCGCUUGGCAGAAUAGUAUUGCUAGUCGUAGCGGGAACAAAAACCCUCCAGAUAGAGUUCUUAGUUAUUAAUGCACCAUCCCCUUACAACACCAUACUUGGCCGUCCGUGGAUUCAUCAAAUGGAGGCAGUCCCUUCAACCUACCACCAGCACAUCCGUUUCCCAACGGAACACGAAGUAGAGUAG